GUGGCGGGACGUUUAGUUGUUGCUUUAGAGACACAGUUAGUGGAAAAAUGUGCGAGAAAAGCAAAAUCGUGAGCCAGUGGCUCAAGAAGGUGUUCGGGCAGCAGCCGGUGCCGGAGUUUGAAGUGAACACGCGCACAGUGGAGAUUCUGUACGAGCUGGCGGAGAGCAGUGAGAUGAGAUGCAGAGAGGCAGAGAUGCUCAUCGAGGACCACAAGCAGAAAACAGAAGAGUACAGCAGCGAUGGAGCUCAUCUCCAAGAAGUGCUUCUACAGGAGGUGGGACUUCAGGCGGGAGGACUUUCCAAACCCACAGUGGACCUGCUGUCGGCGCUGGAGGAAACUGCUGAAGUGCUCAAACUCAGAGACACGUCACUUGGGAGCUAUAUGCCUGCAAUCAAUAAACUGACCAAUGACGUGCUGGAGGCAGAGAAAACUGACCGGAGGUUGCAGUGGGAACUUUCUGCUGUUAGGAAGAAAAUGACUGCAGCGGUUGUUCUUCGGAAGAAACUUGAGGAUGAUCUGAUGAAGAUCACACAUAUACAGCAGGUGGAAGCAGCUACAGCGGAGGAGAGGCUUCUGAACAUGGACUUCAUGAAGAAUAAAUCCAGAGAUCUCACUUGCAGGAAUAAGAUCGCACAGGAAAAGCUGGAUUCACGGCAGAUGGAAACUGCACUUACAGGCUGGUAUGAAAUUGAAUUGCAUCUUUUUUCUCAUCUUUUAUUCUAUACUUAGAAAAUCGCAGCUCUAAAAGAGGAAACACUACCUUUGAAGAAGAAACUAGAGCCGUAUAGUGAUUUGAGCGCUAGUCCAGCACUUGCACGGGUGAAAAUCGAGGAAGCCAAACGAGAGCUGGCUGCCCUGGAUGCCCAGCUGGAGCAGAAAGUGGACUUCAUGAACACUUUAUCUCGAUAAUUAACAAAAAAUAUAUUUAGAAAAUGAACAAUGAAAUAAAAGCGUGUUGAUAAUUGUAAUAGACGUGACUUCUAAGUUGUGCGGUGCUGUUUGUAAUAAACGCAAUUCCUCUCCGAAUCUCACGG